UGGUUGAAACGUUGGAAGGAUGAGCGAGAAACAGUGACAGAUGAGAGAGAGAGAGAGAGAGUGCGCGGGACACGAGGAAAUGUCAAAAUGGGAGAAGAAGUGACGAUGCAAAGUAACAACGCUCACACACGGUCACUGUACGCGGCUGUUUAAGCAUGUCCACAGAUGACAGCAUCUCUGAGGACGUGUCCAGUUCUGUGGCCCUGAGCCACGAUCACAUCAGUGCCAAUGGAGGGAAGGAGAGCGAGGUGUCCAUCGUCUCCUCUGAGGACACUGUGUCUGGACUCCCCGAAGAGGAGCGGUGCACGUCCCACCCCGUUCAGACCCUGGAGGGCUUCCUACAGGUGACAGAAGGGGCUACACCAGCAUGCAACAUUUCGAACAAAAUAAGGAAUCUAUGUCUUCGUACCGAAGAGGAGUUCGGCUCAGGGAGAAGUUUGCCUUUCAUCAACCCCAGCUCUAUAGAGACCCUGAGAGCCCUGGUGCAGGAGAUCCAGAGCAGUGGAGAGACAGACCCUGAGAUCUGGAAGGACUGUGAGGGCCGGUGGCUGCAUCUCUUUCAGUUGGUGGAAAAGCAAUAUCAAGGACAGAUUCUCGCUCAACAGGAACAGUACCAGUGCCAAAUACAGCUCAUACAGGAUGAAAUUAAGGCAUUAGUGCAGUUACAGAACCGGCAAAUCAGCUCACAGAUGCGCUCGCCGGACCUGCAAUCCGGAAAGAACCCCAAGCUUCCAGAACACCCGGCGACUGAAAGCGCUUUCCCACCCUCGACCCUGGCACCGCAGCUCACCGGCCACGCUCAUGAGAACUCUGAGGAGGGGAUGGUCACCGUGCUGAGCAGCGGAUACGGGACUUUAUCUACCUGGGAACACGGAUUGGACCCGGGCCGGGCAGGUUCAGCAGAAGGGAGGGAUGACGUGCUGUGGUCUCCUAAUCCGCAGGAUGGCAGUUUUACACAGUCUCCUAUACCUGACACAAGCCCGCUGAGCCCGAACCCGCUGAUCAGAACCAUCACAGCCAAUGACAAGCUACAGACGACCGCAGCUAGUGCGUCUAAUCCAAUGAUGAAUAAACAGACAGUAAAAAGUCAACCCCUGACCUCGUGGGCCCAACGGCAAAAACAUAAACAGAGAAAGAACCGAAGGACACAGAGCAGGACGUCACAUGGGGAGGAGAGAGACAGGAGCUCACCGGGAGCCGGAUCUCCUAAAGAGAACGCUGAUGCUUUACAUAAUCGUGGAUGCAGUUCAGCCUCCCUGAAUUCUUUGCAUCUGAAGAGAAGUGACAGUCUGAUGUCUGAGGCGUCAGGCCUCUCCUACUGGAAGCUAGAUGAGAACGAGUUGUAUCGCCCCCUGCCUGACAACUUUGAAAGUGGUUCCUUUAUUCUACAUCAGACUCCAGAUGACAGUCAACUCUCUGUAUCUCUGCGUGAGAUCUAUCACAGCAAACACAGAGCAGAUCCCAAAGGCCACGAGUGGGACUCCUUAAUCAACUCCUCAAACUCCUCCCCUCAGGUGUUGACUCUGGACUCCAAGGUGCGCGUGAAACACUCAGAUCGCACGUCAGGCUUCACGUCUCCCUCUCACUUCAGCGGUCCGUCCGCGCGGAUCGCAGUCUGUCCCGGCCGCAGGGGAGCUCCUGUCAGUCCGGACUCCGCAGCCCUGCGCAGCCACAGCGACACCGACUGCAUCUCCAACGCCAGCAGCUUGUCCACGCAGCAGUCGCCCGACCCCAGAGCCAAUCAGGCUUACAGCGAGGAUGAGGGCAGUCACACCGUCACCGUACAGCACAGAGGACCGCCCGCUCGAGAGACGUGCAGCCCCGGAUCAACCGACGGGAGGUUGGAGAGAACCACCUCACUGGAAGAUCCUGUGGUCCUCUCGCUGUUGAGACAAAACCUUCGAGAGAAACACUCCCGGCACAUAGCCGAUCUGAGAGCGUACUACGAGGCAGAGAUAAGUGCCCUGAAAGAAAAACUGGACCUGGAGAAUUUACCUCUGGACAUGGAGAAAAGCAACCAGAUGUUACAUAAGAGAUGUCAGCACCUGGAAAGAGCGCUAACAGAAGCCAGCACACGCAUUCGAGAACUGGAGAUCAAAAACCAGCUCCUGGAAAGACAGCUGGCGGAGUGGCCGGAGCGGUACGAUGCGGCCGGUGCUGCGGUCCGGGCCCUGCAGCAGAGGUUAGAGGAAAGCAAACACAGCAGCCGUGAGAAGGACGGCAUGGUGACCAAACUGAAGAACCGCCUGCGACAGCUGGAAGAUGCCGUCCAGAACGCCUGUAAAGAGGUGGAUGAGACGGAGGCGCGUCUGAUGAAAGAACACAAGAUGCUGCAGGAUCUACUACACGAGUACGAUGCCUUGAGAAGAGAUCACGAGGGAACGAAGGACAAGUUGACUUCAACUGAAAACAAACUGAUUGAUGCUAAUGAACAAAUAUGUGACCUGAAAAGGACCAUCUCGAAGCUGGAAUCUCAAGUGCGUCAGUUACAACACGAGACUCUGGUGAAAACCCGUCAUUCUCUCCACGGACACUCUCAGCCAUCUGGAGCAGGAUUGUUCCAUCACCCCGAUCUGCUGCUAUCUCCGAGCAGAAGACCGCGAGAUGAAUGUAGCGUGAGGAACGGUGCUGCUCAGACCUCUGGAACAUCAUCAGACCAAACAGCCAGAGGACGUCCGUCUCCUCCAGAGAGUGAGCAGGUUCAUCCUGACGAGCAGAGGAAGAGAGACGCUCCUCUGACGCCCAUGAUGAAAGCUCUCAUUCAGAUGGAGGACACCAAAACCACGGAGGGUCGAGCUCUAUCCAAGACCAACUGCUCAUCUUCAAUUUCAGGGUUGGCUAGAAGGAGACCUACAGUGGCUUUCGUGGAAGCGGUACAGGACAGGACUGGAGCUGUGCUGAGAGCUCAGAGGAGUUUAUCUCCAGAGGGUCACAGGUCUUCUUCACUGCCCCCCAGAGCACAGAGAGCGGUUCCUCUCUCUACACCCACAAAGAGAGACACGUUACUCACACCUCUGUCAGCCAAAUCCAGUCCUAAACGCUCCCCGACAGAGAACUUCUCCACCGUGUUGGGUCACCCUCUUCCUUCCCAAGAGCAUCUGCAGAGCAGGUUUGAUUUAGUUUCUGAUCUUAACGGCGUCGGUUCGUCUCAACCGUCUUAUCCGAGCCCAAGGAAGAGGUUACAGUUUACAGAAGUGAAGCCUCGGUCGAGUGUGUGCUCAUCUGAGCCUGCGGAGAGCAGCGAGUCUGAUGAUCGGACACACAGACACAGCUGGCAGGAACAGGAAGCUGGAGCCACUUCACUGCGGACACAAGUCGAUGACCCGCUCCUCUCCUGUCAGCCUCGCAUUCAGUCAUUGGCUGACGCGGAACGUCUCUUUGAUGAGCUCACACAGGAAAAGCAGCAGAUUGAAGCGGCACUAAGCAGGAUUCCAGGGGGCGGGGCUCGAGUCACGUUGCAGAGCAGAUUGGAUGAGGUGUCAUUGGAGAACCGCUUAGAGAAAGUGAACCGCGACCUCGGGUUCAUUCGCAUGACUUUGAAACGAUUUAACAUCCUGCGGUCAUCUGCCAACAUCUAGCUCAAAGCCACCGUGGACCGUCACGAUAUGUGAUGGUGGAUCACUUCAUCCCGGUGUUGUAUCAAAAUCCUACUCCCCCUGUUUUCCCCUACGAAUGUUAGGGUUAGGAUUAGGUGUGGGCGGGAAUUAGAGACAGGGACCAAUCACAAAGCAGCAUCCUGAGUGAAUGAACCAAUCAGAAGUAGGGGAGUCGUAAUCUCACGGGGAGUCGAAUUUCGGUACAAUACCGGACCGUAUGAAUUAAUAUUACGAUUAUUAAAGACGUUUCACAGACUCUGAUGUAUAUGUUCAGUAAAUAUUUCUACUUUUGUUACCUUAGGAUCUAUUUUAUAUGUUUUAUUACAGGAUGAACGUACUAUAAAGUAUAUUUUAAUAAUGUCCAGAUUUGUAAAAACGUUUACUUUUUUAAUGUGUCAGUAAUAUGGAAGUUGUAUGCUUGAAUGGUGUAUAUAUUUUUAUUUUCCUGCAGGGCAGAUCAUUCGCAGUCUGUUUUAUUCAUGUUGCAUAAAUUCAUUCCACACUCUUACAUUCUUGAUUUUAAAGCUUUUUACACUGUGCUUUUGGAACAGGUUUUCUUCUUUUGCUUUCACUGUGUGUGUCCUACGAACAUUAUAACGCCUGUGCCAUACUCCAGCAGAGAAUGAUCAUGUUUGUAUAUAUUGACAAAAUGGCCUUUUUAAAAUCAUCUUCUGCACAGAAAAGAAACUCAAACCAGCAGACUGUUUACACAAACGUUUUCAAAGGAAGACCUCAGACAUGUUGAAACGCAACAUACACAGGAUGUGCUGCUAAUUUGAUGCAUGAAAUCUGAAAUUUUAGCUGUUGGCAGUUCAUUGUUUCUGUGUAGCUCAUGGAAGUGAUUUACUGUUACACGCAAAUGUUUCACAAGUAAAACUGCAUAAUGAAUUGUGUGCUUGACAUUUUAAUGGGUUUACUUUAUGAAGUCAGAUUUAGAACAGACUCCUGCGUGUGUCCUCAUUCAUUAUUUGAGGAUGCAUUGAGCAGUGAAGUAGAAGUGUUAAAAUGACCAAAAAAUGAUGUUGUGAACAUGACAGAUUAAUACAUUUACAACGUGAUUAGCUUUUAAUCAAUAGCAAGAUUUUUUAAACCAAGAAAAGUUAAUUCUGAUGCUGCCAUUUCAAACCCAUACAUGGUUAUUUUCACAACACACACACACACACACAAAAUAAAUGUUUAUUCACCAUUAGCAGUGUUUUUCCUAUUGACAAAUGUUGCUCAUCACAAAACAUUGUGGUGUUAAAUGGCUUUACAUCAAAUAAAAUAUAGCACACAAAUUGUGUG